GCUGUCAAAUCAGGAGGACCACUUUUUUAGAAGGGGAUUUCUUGCAAUCAAUAAUUCGGGUGUUAUUUAACUUGCUGGUGAUUAGAUCAAGGAAUUGUUGGUUUUGUGGGACGGAAUCUGUGCUCUUUCCGGAGGUGGUCAAGUGCUGAACGGGCAAAGUUGUGAAAUUUCGUAGGUUGGUCACAUGACCAGCACCACCUGAUUGGAAGUGUUUUGGACUAGAGUGCUUUCUGAAGAAGCUCUAAAUUUGACCAAUAUUCUUUGCUUUGAAAAGUAACACCUGAGACGACGCGAAGCAGCAGCAGGACGAACGGAUCGCGAAAAUGUCCAACCUAAAGAAGAUCGCCGAUGAGGACCGCGAGUCCAAAUUCGGAUAUGUCUUUGCCGUUUCCGGUCCCGUCGUAACGGCCGAGAAGAUGGCCGGUUCGGCUAUGUACGAGCUGGUCCGUGUCGGUUACUACGAGCUGGUCGGUGAGAUCAUUCGGUUGGAGGGCGACAUGGCCACCAUCCAGGUGUACGAGGAAACGUCCGGCGUCACCGUGGGCGAUCCCGUGCUGCGUACGGGCAAGCCCCUGUCCGUGGAACUUGGCCCCGGUAUCAUGGGCAGCAUCUUUGACGGUAUCCAGCGUCCGCUGAAGGACAUCAACGAGCUGACCCAGUCGAUCUACAUCCCGAAGGGUAUCAACACGCCGUCGCUGUCGCGUACCCAGAGCUGGGGCUUCAACCCGAUGAACGUGAAGGUCGGCUCGCACAUCACCGGUGGAGAUCUGUACGGUUUGGUGCACGAGAACACACUGGUCAAGCACAAGCUGCUGGUGCCGCCACGUGCCAAAGGUACCGUGCGUUACAUUGCCCCGCCCGGCAACUACACCGUCGAGGACAUUAUCCUGGAGACGGAGUUCGACGGGGAGGUCAACAAGUACAGCAUGUUGCAGGUGUGGCCCGUGCGUCAGCCCCGUCCAGUGACGGAGAAGAUGCCCGCUAACCAUCCGCUGUUGACCGGUCAGCGUGUGCUGGAUUCGCUGUUCCCUUGCGUCCAGGGUGGUACCACUGCCAUCCCCGGUGCCUUCGGUUGCGGUAAAACUGUCAUCUCGCAGGCCCUGUCCAAGUACUCCAACUCGGAUGUCAUCGUGUACGUCGGUUGCGGCGAACGUGGUAACGAAAUGUCUGAAGUAUUGCGUGAUUUCCCCGAGCUGUCGGUCGAAAUUGACGGCGUGACCGAGUCCAUCAUGAAGCGUACCGCGCUGGUCGCCAACACGUCCAACAUGCCUGUCGCCGCUCGUGAAGCUUCCAUCUACACCGGUAUCACGCUGUCCGAGUACUUCCGUGACAUGGGUUACAACGUGUCCAUGAUGGCCGAUUCGACCUCCCGUUGGGCCGAGGCUCUGCGUGAAAUCUCCGGUCGUCUCGCUGAGAUGCCUGCCGAUUCCGGUUAUCCGGCCUACCUGGGCGCUCGUCUCGCUUCCUUCUACGAGCGUGCCGGUCGCGUCAAGUGUCUCGGAAACCCGGAGCGCGAGGGUUCCGUGUCCAUCGUCGGUGCCGUAUCGCCGCCCGGUGGUGACUUCUCCGAUCCCGUCACGUCCGCCACCCUCGGUAUCGUGCAGGUGUUCUGGGGUUUGGACAAGAAGCUCGCUCAGCGUAAGCACUUCCCCUCGAUCAACUGGUUGAUUUCCUACAGUAAGUACAUGCGCGCCCUGGACGACUUCUACGACAAGAACUUCCAGGAGUUUGUGCCGCUGCGUACCAAGGUCAAGGAGAUCCUGCAGGAGGAGGAAGAUCUGUCCGAAAUCGUGCAGCUGGUCGGUAAGGCGUCCCUCGCCGAAACCGACAAGAUCACCCUCGAGGUGGCCAAGCUGCUCAAGGACGACUUCCUGCAGCAGAACUCGUACUCGGCGUACGAUCGGUUCUGUCCGUUCUACAAGACGGUCGGCAUGCUGCGAAACAUUAUCGGCUUCUACGACAUGGCCCGCCACGCCGUCGAGACCACGGCCCAGUCCGAGAACAAGAUCACCUGGAACGUGAUCCGCGAGGCGAUGGGCAACAUCCUGUACCAGCUGUCGUCGAUGAAGUUCAAGGACCCAGUGAAGGACGGCGAGGCGAAGAUCAAGGCCGAUUUCGACCAGCUGUACGAGGAUCUGCAGCAGGCGUUCCGUAACCUGGAGGAUUAAGCACCUGUGCGCGCAUGCGCUCCGAAACGUGCGAGCGAUCGCACGUCUUUCCGAAAUUCCUUAAAAACAGUUUUAGUGUUUUCAUUAUAAAUGUAACAAGUCUGUAGAGACAGAAGACAGAGAAAGAUAAGAAAAAUCAUGUAAAAAUAGUGCAACACAGGCAAAAGUCGGCUAAAUAGAGCAAAAAGCAGCAAAUAACACACACACAAA